AAAAAAAGGAAAAAAAGGAAAAAAGGACAAAAAGGCUAAAUGCCAUGCAGCGGAAAAUAGGGGAUGUUUGAGUGUGGAAAAACCAUGGUCAAUGAAUGGUUGGUAUGAAUGUAUGUGCUUGAUUCAACAACGUGCCCAGGUCUUUAACUCAUACACGUUGUCCCCGUCUCUGGGCUGUAUAGUGAUGUGUUGAUGAGCAAAAUAAAAAUAAAAAUAAUCCCCUCUGGUAGUACACGGAAAUAACAGUAAGCAUGGCGUCUGCUCAGUUACAAUUGUCUCGAGCUCUCAUUGAUGUUCUGGUCUUUCGUUCUCUUGUGUUGCUCGAUUACGCCUACUGUGUUCAUCCGAACAAUACGUCGUGAAUGGACUCUCAAAAUUACACUGGUUAGCGAUAUCUGGUGUACCCAGCCGAGUAGAGAGGGACGAUGCUUCGAUCGAGCUACAUAUCAAAUGCUGUAUCAUCUCGAAUGGGAUGGAGCCCAUCCAUGUUGCAAAAAAGAUAAGAAGACAUGAUAGAAAUUAAGAUGGACUGCAUCCGGCUGAAAUGGGAAAACUGUCCAAAUAGAAACGGCACCCCAGCAUAGGGUGUUGGCCAUCCUGUUCGACAACGGAUCCAAGUGCUCAAGGACACUCUUCUUCAUCACUCAUCACUAUUUUCCAUUCAAUCAGGAGCCACUGUCUAUGAGGGGAAGGGAAGAGGGGGGUCUAUGUAAGAGAGUG